GCGGGGACUGGGGGGCUGAGGACUAUAAAGCGCAGGCAGCGAGGCGGGCGACCCACUUGCAGUGAGCGCCCACCCUGACUCGCCUGCUGCUCAGGACUCAGGAUGGCCGCCACCUGCCACUGUCUGUCGCUGCUGCUUCUGAGCACCUCUGUGGCUCUGCUGUUGCCGGAAGCCUGGGGAGCCCCUCCGGAGCCUGUGUACCCUGGGGACAAUGCGACACCGGAGCAGAUGGCCCAGUACGCAGCCGAGAUGCGGAGAUACAUCAACAUGCUGACCCGGCCCAGGUACGGGAAGAGCACGGAGGACAAGGACGACGUGCUGGGCUUCCCAGGGUGGCGCCUGCCCCACUCAGCAGCCCCCGGGUUCCAUCGCCCGUCUGCUUGGCUCCCCACAGUAUAGGGGCACAGGGCACCAGGCAGUCCUCCUGGAGCACAGGGCUGUCCCCACAGGGAGCCGCGUCUGUGGGUGAGCUGCGCCAGCUGCCCGCCGCCUGGGAGCCCCGGCAGCACCAGUGCGCCCUGCCCCGGCCCCACUAAUAAAGCAAGCGCC